AUGGAAAAUCAACAGCAGUCCUAUACGACAGCAACAGUAGAAGGUCCUUCAACAGCACCGUUCGGAAUAGCAUCAGAUGCAAUCGACGAAGAACGAUUAGCUGUCCUUCAACAGAUUUAUCAACAAAAGCAAGUAGAACUCUUGUCACAAUAUCAGCAAGCACAAACAAACCUUGCCAUGCAACACUUUACUUACUUUCAAGCUCUUCAAACAUCCCAACAACAAAAGCAGCAGCAACAACAACAACAGCAUCAGAAGCAAUCUUUGCAUGACACCAAAACUUCAGAACAAACAAGUUCCAUAAGCACUCUGGAUAUUUCAGAGGAUAGUGAUACACAGGUGUCACCUUCCACUAAAGAUUGUGCAGGAUUGAGAAAUAAAAGAUCCUAUUCUGGUUCCGGACAAACAAUUUCUCAGCUAACAAAGGAACGUUUAAAAACAAUGAUUACUAGUAAAAUGAAUCGUAUUCGCUCUGAAAGUAGCAAUGUAUCACAAGCAACAACAUCAACAGUUUGGACAACAUCUGCUGCAUCAAGCACUACAAAUUCGGCAUCAUGGUCAAGUUGCAUGGAAAGUCAAAGCUCACAACAAAUGCAUACUGGUUCAGUGCAAACACCGAUUGCACUUUCAUCCCUGCAUUUUGAACCGUAUUACAUUCCUUCAACAAUGCAUGCGGUGCACGGAACAUUACAACCAUCGGAUUAUCAAUUACGUAAAGUAAGCAGUGAACCAAAUUUGAAAAUGCGAAUUCGUGCAAAACUUCUUAAUAAAAGUGCUGGUCCAUUGCAGUCACAAAGUAGUGCUUUUGCAUUCACACAGCGAACCUCUCAAAGCGGUGAUGCACCAAUGGAUACUGAUCUUGGUGGUAGUACAUCAUCUGCUGAUUCACCUACAACACUAUUGGCUGCUUCACCUCAUUUAAUAAUUCCAUCGCCAUCUUUACCAAAUCUUACUUCACCAGCCCAAAUACCAAUGGAUAUGUCAGCUUUACUUGCACAAGCUUUAUAUUCCCCAUUUUUUUCAAUGCCAUCACUUAUUGCAAGUAAUCCAUUGCAACCAUCAUUCUCAAUGGUUGAUUCAGGACUUAAUUCAAAUAAUACAUUAAGUGAAGGUGCAUCACGUAAUUUGAUGAAAUUCGAUACUCGAAAUCAAAAUACACUGUUAUCACUCGGUGGUUAUCCAUCACUGCUGAAACAACAGUUGCGUGAUUUGGUACUCAGACGUAAAUCUUUAGUUCGUGAAGAACCGGAAGAUGAUGCAGCGCUUGAGGCGCAACUUUUAUCACGCUUACAAAGUGGAUCAGUUUUAAGUACACAGUUGAAAACAGGUUUGGUAUAUGAUCCUGCAAUGGCAAGGCAUCAGUGUUUCUGUGGUAAUAACAGGAAUCACGUGGAACACGGUGAACGUGUGCAAUCAAUUUGGUCACGAUUACAGGAACGUGGUUUGGUUGAAAAGUGUGAACGAGUAUUUGCUCGUAAAGCACCAUUGGAAAUGUUGAGAACCGUUCAUGCUGCAACAUAUGUUACCUUCUUUGCUGUAUCACCAACGGCUUGCCUCAAGAUGGAACCAUCACAGUUGCCUGUAAAAAGUUUUGUACAACUUUCUUGUGGUGGUAUUGGAGUCGAUUCGGAUACAUAUUUCAACGAUGCUUCAACACAAUUAGCAGCACGUAUUGCUGUUGGUUCUUUAGCUGAACUAGCACUACAGGUAGCAGAAUCAAGACUACGAAAUGGUUUUGCAUGCAUAAGACCUCCAGGGCAUCAUGCUGAAUAUAAUCAAGCAAUGGGUUUUUGCUUCUUGAAUAAUGUUGCAAUUACAGUCAAAUAUUUACAGCAGCGAUGUGCUGAACAGUGUUCACGAAUAGCAAUAAUUGAUUGGGAUGUUCAUCAUGGCAAUGGUACGCAAAUUUGCUUUGAAGCUGAUCCUUCGGUGCUAUAUUUAUCUCUUCAUCGUCAUGAUAAUGGCAAUUUUUUUCCGGGUACAGGAGCUGUUACAGAGGUAGGUGUUGGAUCGGGUAAAGGUUAUACGGUGAAUAUACCAUUUUCGGGUGAAAUGAUGGAUGAUGCUGACUAUUUAGCGGCAUGGCGUGUUAUUGUUGCGCCUAUAUUAAAUCAAUUUAAACCAACAUUUAUUAUUGUUUCAGCUGGCUUUGAUGCCGCAUGUGGACAUCCUCAGGCUCUUGGAGGCUAUAAUUUAUCACCACAGCUGUUUGGCUAUCUUACGCUCCAGCUUAUGAAUUACGCUGGUGGACGUGUUGUACUUGCUUUGGAAGGUGGUUACGAUCUUGAUACUAUAUCAGAUUCAGCUGAAGAAUGUGUUAAGGCAUUAUGUGGUGAAAGUCCUGAGACAGCCGGCAAAUUAAGUGAUGAAGCUUUGAAUGCAUUUCCUAAACAAAGUGCACAGGAAACAAUACAAAAGGUAAUCGCUAUUCAUAAAAAGUAUUGGCCAUCGCUAACAGCAGCACAGGGCAUUAGUAGCAGUGAACUUCAGUGGCAAGCAGUGGCACAAAAAUUUGCUUCACUGUCUGUUUGA